AUGACUGUCAACACCUUACACGAGCAAUUGGCCCUUCAGGAGAUGUCUCAUGCAUCACCAUUGACGCAUACAUCUUCCUUGAAUGCCCAAUUACGCCUUGCUCAGUUCAUUGAACUGGAGGCAGCUAUUCUCGCUCGGAGAGCACUAGUGCCAUCUAGCUGGCUUCUUCGACAAGCCUUGGCAGACCGUGCAACCGGUUCAUCAGGUGAUAUUGGCAUGGUUCUAAAGAGCGCACGGCACUUUACUCCAUCUUUCAGCACCACCACCGCUCAGAAGCCCAGCACUAUCAAGCCUGGUGGAGCUGGCCUGUCCCUUGACGUACCAUCUGAACUCGACAUCCUUUGCGGAAGGGGAGGGAAGUCAAAUCACCACGCAGGAAAUAAGCGAUACCGCCAGGUCAUCAGCGAUAUGAAAGCUCGCUAUCGAUCAAUCGGAUCCAAGACUGCAAAAACCCAUGUCAGCAGAGCCAUUGUCGAACAUGUCCAUGGCUACGGUGGUAGGUUUCUCCGCUUUGAUACAGAGAAGCGGAAAUACAUUGUGCUGAGUGCUGCCGAGGCACGAAAGAAAACAAGCCAAGCGCUAAGAGAAGCCAAAGAAGUAAAGUGGACGAAAUAG